AUGAAAUUGAAAACUUUGCUGGUUACAAUUUUAGUUUUGAUCUUCGUCAAAUGUUCUGACCAAGCAGUUAAAUUUUUGAAUUGUGUUAUCUUAAUUGAUCCCAUGAAAAUAAUUGUUAGCAAAGUGGAAGAAACUCAUAACAAGUAUAUGCUUGACUUCAAACAUUCUUUAAGAAUUACUCAAAAUUUCACAAAUUAUAUAAGCAUUAACUUGACAUUGCUUGUGAAAAUAGACUCGUUGUACUUCCAUUAUUCGGUUGAUCUUCCUAAUGCUAGUGGAAAAAUGAAUCCCUUGAAAAUAGUUGUUAGCAAAGUGGAAGAAACUCAUAACGAGUAUAUGCUUGACUUCAAACAUUCUUUAAGAAUUACUCAAAAUUUCACAAAUUAUAUCAGCAUUAAUGUCUCAUUGUUUGUGAAAUUAGACUCAACGUACUUGAUUGAAGAUUGA